CAUGGAUUUGAAGAGCUAGCUAGCUUCAGCUCAGCUAGGUUGAAUGAACAGAUGAAUGGCUGAUGAUGUCAGUGAUGAUCAGGAUGAGUUUAUGAUGGGGAUGCAGAGCAGAUAAAGAGAUGGCAUCCGCGGUCAUAGAAACAGAGUGUGAGGCUGUGCCACGUUUCCCUGAUGAAAUACUGGAAAAGAUAUUUUGUCGCUUCUCUGGAACCACCAUAGGGAGAGGCCAUGCAGUGUGCCGAAAAUGGAAUGAAAUCCUUAUCUCGCUUACUAGCAGUUCUGACAUGUGGUUUAGACGAUGUAAGGAGGAGAUUUCAAAGUACACUCUGAUGCAGAUGUGUAACCAUCCACUGGAACAUCAAUACCGGACUGGAAUAGAGUGGAAAGAUGUCUAUGUAAGAUGGUGCAUAUUCAGAGGGAAGAAACUGUUUGAUGGGGUAGAGCUUGAACCAAAGAAAGACAUAGCAAAGGCUGACAGAUCUUUCAUGUUUUUUCUGGAUACCGGUGGAAAGUACAUGCUUUGUUUGACUGAUGAUGUGGUAUAUAACUAUUUCCAAGGGUACAUAUGGGCUUAUGAUAUGCACAGUGAAGCUUCCAUGAGGGUAAAACACUCAACUGUUACCGACAGUGCCGUGGCCAUCAACAUUCUGGGCAUUACUUUUUCCAUUGACCUUGAAGGCAAAACUUCAUUUGAAGCCAAUGUUGAGAAAGCAGUGCUUGUCCUUUUGAUGAGAGAACAUUUGGAUAUUCUUAUUGGAUUUGAAAGGAAGUUUACAUUAGAACUGAGCUAUAUGGAGUUGCCAGCUAUGGGUAGUACCUGGUACGAUACCUUCCUAGUGCAAGUAGACACACCUGGCUAUCUUGAAGUGCAAGCUUUCCAAGUACAAUUGGACGAUGGAGGGACUAAACGACCGUCUGUAGAUCUCAUUCGAGCCUGUCGCCCAAAAUGUUCAGAUUUUCUGAAUGCUUUGCAAGUCACAGGAAAUAAGGCCCUAAUGCUAAAAGGGACCAACCUUAUGAUGUGGGACAUUGCUGUCGGAGAGGAGUACAGAUCCCUUUCCCUGACGACCGAGAUCGAUGAGGUCAACCAGAAAGGAUUGAUGUCCUGGGUAGGCAGUACGGUAGCUGUAGCCGACUCCAAGGGACCGAGCCUCAUUGUUCUGUACCACUUGGAUGAGGAAUGUGAGAGGUUGCAGAAUGUCACAUGGGUGGACCUACAGGAGCCUGUACUAGCUUUUAUCCUUCUCUAUGAUGACAGCAUCAUGAUGAGCAACAACUAUCAAUGCAAGCUGUUACUCUUUAAUGGAGGGGAUAAAAAGGAAGAGAGCAGGAGCAGAAAGGACAAUCUGGAGUGUUCUCCGGUGAAGCAAGCCCAUGGCCACAGGGUAGACAUCAAGCACGAUGGUGAAAAUGGGGAGGAUUCUUUGGUCCAGAUGAACAGACAUGCGGCAUGUAAGCCUGUGGAUGAAGCCAACAGCUACAAGAGAACUAUGUCUGACUUACUGGGUAUUGAUGAGGGAGAUGCACUCUGGAAAAACUUUGAUGCAGAAGCAAGCGGUAGUGAAGUCUGUCAGCCUGUAGAUACAUGUAGCGAUAGCAGCGAUUCUGAUCAGACCGAACAUGGGGGUGACCAAGAGUGCAGUUGUUCAAGUCGUGAGGAGUAUGUAGUGGAACGAUGGAAAGAAGGAAGCAAGGAUCAUGUGUUAUCACAUUUAGCAAGGGCCUCUUUCCUUCAGAAACCUGUUCUUCCCAUCCCAUUCCAAGGCUAUGAAAGAGUAAAAUGGGACUUUUUCUUCACCGAUUCUUUAGUUGUUAUGGAUACUGGAUGGACUGAUGAGUUUCAAGAUAGGGUGUUAGUAUACAAGUGGAACUAUAUGGAAUAGCAGUUGUGCAUGUAAUAAGUUGAUGGUCAUUUCAAAGACUUCCCAUGUAAAUGCCAGAAGCUUUUCAAAAUAGGUCUUUCAGAACUAUAAGGAUACUAGAAUGUACCUUACACAGCACCAAAGGUCAUUUACAAGAAGAAGUACAUCAACACUGUACAUACAGAUGGAGUAAAGAAAUUCCAGCUUAAUGUGAAUUACUUUUUUUAAAAACCUUUGGAGAUACACUUUCCUUUUGUGUGCAAAUAUAAGUUCUCGUGGUCCUCAAGCCAUCAGUAGGGACUUUUAGAUUUGCACAACGGAGAACGUGAACUGCCCUUUUAAGGCAAAGUGACGUCCUUUUAAGGCACUGGCAGUGACGUCACAUUGCCUUAAAAGGGCAGUCCACGUUCUCUGUUGUGCAAAUCUAAAAGUCCCUAAUGUUUCUAGCUCAACAUCUCAUUGAUAAAUUUACAAGCUUUAUCCACAGCACCUUUCAAAGUAUCAUUCAAGACAUGUAUUUUUGUUUUGUCCUGUUUAAAAGUAGCAGCAAAUAUUCAAAGGUUACUGUGCCUGCAAUUUCUGCUUUUACUCAUCAUAUACUUAUUUUGCAUUCACUCUCUGUCACAUCUCUUGCAUUUUUAUCAUCAUCACAAAGAUUAUCCAAGUCUUCACAUAGUAUUGCAGGUGAUACUUGAGGUGACUCAGAUGAUGCUAGCACUUUUGCAUUGCGAGGAUACAGUCGGCAUCACUAUAUACUUGCUUAUUUUUCUCAUGGAGCAGGACUUGCCCGAAAAUGGCUGAUCUGUGCUUAGAUUUGGUUCUAGAUCUGUCAAUCCAAACCUAUUUGUUGUCAUCAUAUAUAUUAUCAUCUGGUGAGAGACAGAGGGGCGUUAUAUAUAUGUGUGAAAUUGUACGAGUUGACGGCCUUCUGGCUCCAAACAGACAGUGCACGUCGGUUCUAAUUCCUUAAAAAGAAUUUGUGCUGUCCCGUCAAACUCAAGUGAACUGUGUGUUUGAUAAAUUUCACAAGUUUCACAAAAUAAAGACAUUAAAUAACUAGACAGCUGAAAGCUGAAUAAAGAUGUUUAAACAGUUGUUUUUAUUUCAAAGAUUUCAGCAUAGUGCAUUAUCUUAGCAUAACAUGCAUAGGAAUGAAAGGCACUUUGUUGCUUCAUGAUUAUCGCCUAAAGUAUGUACUACGUGUACUAGGAUGUCCAUUAUAUCACUACAUGUACUAGAAUGUCACAUCAUACAUUGUGAUACCACUCAAUUAGAGAUCCUGAUCAAAGAUUGGUCAACUGCAGCCCCAUGUGAUUCGUUUACAUUGUUUUUUAUAUGAAUAAAACAUGCAAUAGCUUCCAGUAGUAUCCAAUGAUUUUAUGUAGGUAGUGUGCUUCAUAUAUGUAUGGACUAAAGUCGGGUUAUUUUUCAUUCAAAUACUUUCCUUGGGCUGCAAGGCCGAAUUGUGAAAGUUUACAAUUACAAUGUCAUUUCAAGAUGUACAUUUAAAACGAUAAAAAGGCAUUAUUAGAGUAUCAUGAAUAGAAGCAACCGCACCGAAUGAUCAAGAAAUGGGCAUCAAAAUCAAUAAGACAUGUUGAAUUGAAUAAGGUAAAAUAUGACGAUAGAGAGAAAAGGAAAUAUCUAACAAUAAUAAAGGAGAGAGGGAGAG